AUAUUUAUUUUUUAUAUUUAAUACUUUAUUGUACACAUUAGUUAUAGAAAUAUGACAGAGGUAAACAAAAGUACAAAGGCGAGCUUAACUCUGAUAGAGUUUUCUUCCAGCAAACCCAAAGUGGAAAGGAGCAUCAAUGUCAGCGGAUACAGCAGUGAACAAUUUUUAAAUAGUCAAAAUUAAAUUAAUUAGAUUAUAUUUUAUAGUACAAAUAAAUUUUAUUACUUCUUCUAUGUAAUUCCUUGUUUUUAAUUUUAGACGUAGUCUCUCUUAUCUGUGAUGACAUGUCUGACAUUAUCAGUCUUUCAAAUCUGUGGUCUGAAUGUCUCAAAAUAUUUUGAAUUUUAUUUACUUAGAUAUCUACUUAGUGAUUUCAUUAUGAGCGCUCCCGGAAUAAUAAGAAAACUUAGUCAAGAAGUAGUAAAUCGCAUAGCAGCGGGCGAAAUAAUUCAGAGACCUUCUAAUGCUCUAAAAGAAUUAAUUGAAAAUAGUUUGGACGCAAAAGCUACCAAUAUUAUUAUCACUGUUAAAGCUGGAGGUUUGAAAUACUUGCAAAUUCAAGACAAUGGUACUGGAAUAAGAAGUGAAGACCUUGAGAUUGUAUGUGAGAGGUUCACAACAUCAAAGCUUUGCAGCUAUGAUGACCUGAAGGAAAUCAACACAUAUGGAUUUCGAGGAGAAGCUCUUGCUAGUAUCAGCCAUAUAGCACAUCUCACAAUACUCACCAAGACUGCAUCUGGGAAAUGUGCUUAUAAAGCUUCAUAUGAAAAUGGCAAGUUGAAAGGACCUAUAAAAGCCUGUGCUGGCAAUAAUGGUACCCAAAUUACAGUAGAAGACUUAUUCUACAAUGUAAUUGCCCGUAAGAAAGCCCUACGGAGUCCUUCAGAGGAGUAUGCUUAUAUAUUAGAAGUUGUUGGAGGAUAUGCAAUACACAAUAGUCAUGUGGGUUUUACUUUGAAGAAAUUUGGUGAGAAUACUGAUUUGAAGACCGCUAUAAAAUCAAAUGUACUUGAAAAUGUUAGAGUAAUACAUGGAAAUUCUAUAGCUCGUGAAUUGAUGGAAAUUCAGCUGAACGACGCAACCCUGAAGUUGUUGCUACAUGGUUUCAUAACAAAUGUUAAUUAUUCGCAUAAAAAGGGCACUAUGUUACUGUUUAUAAACCAUCGCUUAGUAGAAUCUCAAUCUAUUCGGAAAGCCGUUGACUCUGUUUAUUCUACUUAUUUGCCCAAAAACGCCCACGCAUUUGUUUAUCUCAGCCUUGAAUUAGAUCCAAGAAAUAUAGAUGUGAAUGUACAUCCAACAAAACACGAGGUACAGUUUCUAUAUGAAGAACAGAUUAUUGAAAAGAUUAAGUCCUGCAUUGAAAGUAAAUUAUUAAGUUGCAAUUCUACUAGAGUUAUGUACACACAGGCUCGUCUACCGGGCGCAACUGCAGUUGAAGAGAUUGUAAAAAAAACAACGGAUGGUGCAAAAGUAUACGCAAAUAAUAUGGUGCGAGUUGACGCGGAUGUACAAAAAAUUGAAAAGUUCUUUCCUGUCAUAUCUAAACCAUCCGAAGAUAUUACAUCUGGAAAAGAUAACAUAAAUAUUGAUGAUGCUUCAGUAAAUAGAAAGACUGAAACGGAUCAACACAACGAGAUUGAGAAUGAUCAAGAAAUUGUCAAAGACAAUAUUCCUAAUCUAGUUGUUGAUGAUGCAGAUGUUUUAGCAAAUUCACUAAUAGAUGAACCUGAUGAACCAAAUAAAAUGCCAGAGAAAUGGAAAUCUCAUAUUGCAGCUGAUCAAACAAAUCUAUCGUACAUAGAUCCAAAAGAAUCAUUCAAGACUAGGACAUUUCAAUAUGAGAGAAUAGAAACUAGAUUGACUAGCAUUAAAGAGUUAAGAUUACAGAUAGAAAAUAAGUGUAAUAGUAAUUUAAGAGAAGUCCUGGCAAAUUUAAUAUUCAUAGCGUGCGUAGAUUGUCAUAAGUCCUUAAUACAACACUCUACUAAGUUGUAUCUCUGUAAUACCACAAAAUUAACUGAGGAGUUAUUUUAUGAAACGAUACUGUAUGAUUUCCAGAAUUUUGGUUUUAUAAAACUAUCAAAUCCUUUACCAUUAGAAGAAUUGUUUAUCCUUGGUCUCAAUUCACAAGAAGCCGAAUGGAAUUCUGAAUUAGGAGACAUGCACGAGAUGGCACAGCAAAUGACUAAGUUAUUAAUAAGUAAAAGUGCCAUGUUAAUGGAGUAUUUUUCUUUAGAGAUAAACGCGGACGGUGAAUUGUUAUCAUUGCCGUUGUUACUGGAUGGUCACACUCCCUUCAUGGGCGCAUUACCAACUUACCUCGUACGUCUUGUCACUGAAGUCAACUGGAAUUCGGAGAAAGAGUGCUUCGAUAGCUUCAGCCGUGAAACGGCUGUAUUCUAUUCGCAACCUAAUCCAGAUCCUAAUGCAGAAGUGGCCAAAUCUGAAUAUUGGAAACAGGAACAUGUUAUUUUUCCUGCCAUUAGACGGAACUUCUUACCGCCCACCUCCUUUGUAAGCAAUGGCGCAAUAUUACAAAUUGCCAGUUUGAACGAUUUAUAUAAAGUGUUUGAACGAUGUUGAAUGUUAUUAUUGUUUACAAAAAAUAAAUAAAAAUUGAAAUA